UCUCACACAUCGCUCAGGGGCUCAGGGCCGGCGCCGCCGGACACCCGCUGCUACCACCGCCUCCAACGUCGGCCGCCACCGUCCUCAUCUCCUUCUCCAUGGCUUUCCCACCCCUGUUCCUCCCGAUUUGAACCCCUAGGUCCCACGAAGCGUAGGUAAUCUAAGGUUAGUCGGAGGCCCUCCACCCGCCGCCUGCCGGUCGCCGACCCUUCUCUCGUCGGCCUUCCGUCACGGGUGCAGCUCGCUCCUCCACCUGUGUUCCGCAGCCUCAUCGUCUCCUCCAACCAGACUACAACGAAUUCCCACCACCGGCUAUUCUUUUCUAAUUCCCCACGAGCGCAACUGGCUGCUACUCUGCUCGUUCACGGUUCACCACCAGCUGAAGAUGCAAACCUGGAAAGGAAAUCGCUGAAUCGUCCAGGAAAGCCGCAAGAGCAGGCAAUAGAGCUGUGCAUACACCAAUGUCAUGACUUCCAAGACAGUUUCGCUGCUCGGUAUCCUUUCAACUAGACCGACAUGGUUGCAACAGGAAGCAGCAGAUUCUCUACCACAAACGCUAGCAAAUGACUCCAACGAGAAAGAAAAUUCUUAUAUGUCAGUGAUGUAUGACAGUGUCUGUUGGUUAACUUGUGAUAUACUGGGGACAACAAAUGCCGUCAUUUCUUCUUCCCCUUUCUCUCUCGUCACUACAGUAGUUUUGAGGGUCGACUCUCCGCUCCCGGGCCAAACCGAUGCUCUCCCCGGCGGUGCUGCCGUCCGGCGGAAGCUAAGGCGAGGCGCCGGCGUCCAAAUUGUAGAUUUUAGAUGUAGUUUGUCCUCUAUGGCGUAUGGGAGUAGGUCAUCGGAGCUCGUCGGCUGGCUCCGAUGCGUUCUGGGCGUCGUCGUCCUAGCUGCCGCGCUCUGGCAAGUGCGGCCGGUGGGGGCUUGGAUCCCAGAGAUCUCCGUCAAUAAAGUCGGCUUCUGGAGUUAUUCGGCUCGGGCGGCCCCGCACGCCACCGAUCCGUCGACCUCGGCCAUCUCCACCAUGCUUCCAUGGAGGAAGUUGGAAGAGGAGGCCGCGUGUUCGAGCUCCACCACAAAUAAGUGCGUUCUUCCAUCAGAUCAAGUCGAACCGGCGACUUCCCUGGUUCUUCCUAGUCACCAUGGUGGUGGUGGAGAAUUGGGGAUUCAUUUGAAUUCUGAUCUCUUCGGAUCCGGUGGAUGGGGAGAUGUGGUGAUCGCAUAUGCUCGUCGGAGUGCAUCCUCGAUGCACCUCUCGCCGCUUCGUGCUCGGCCCGCUGUCGACUCUCAUGGCCGAAGGCGGCCACUCCCAACUUGCACGCCAUUGUCCAAUCUGUGGUGCAAGGCGCAGCUCGCGGAGGCCAGGGUGGAGCUCGCGGCAGCGAGCGCGGUGGCCUGGGCCAACCUCGAGGCGGAGCUCGCAGUGCCGAUGACGCGGCAGUUAGCGAUCAUGGCGGACGCCGUCAUCGACGACAUGGAUGACGAAGACGAGCACGACGUCGACUUCCUCCCCUACGACUGUGAAGAGGGCGCGUUUAUGCGCGCCGAGCAGCGGGCGCUGCUCGCGUCGUUCUAG